CUAUCAUUAUGAAGGAGCUGUUGAUGCUGUUCGCGCUCGCGGCCGCCAUGGUGGCGGUUCAGGCUUCCAGGGGAAGAGGUGAAUGCCACGAGGUGAUAUUCGAGCUAAUGCAUAAGGAAAACAUGACAGAAAUCAUAGGAAGCUGUAUGGAGGAAAAUGGAAUCGUCCCAAACCUAAACGGGCCUGGUCGACGACCCGGCGGCCGCAGAGGGCGUAACAGAUUUGGCAGAGGAAAGAGAAGUCCUCAUAUGAUGCGGUUCAUUUCACGCCUUCCUCAAGAAAAUCAGACAGCCCUAGCCGAGUGUAUCUUCGAGAAGGAAGACCUUCUCACAGAUGAUGGUUUGUUCGAUGCGACGGCGUUCACAGAAGACUUGGUCGCCAAGUUAGAAGAAAUAGAGCAAUCUACGGUAACAGAGGCUAUGUUGGCUGCCAUUGAGGACGGCGAUUGUGUAGUCGAGGAGAGCGAACCUAACCUGAUGCUGGUCUUCGAUUUCAUAAAGUGCCUCAAAGGUGUGUGUGACACAUCAUCUGAAGAAGCAUAACAGUGAACAUGGGAAGAGCAAAGCAACGGUUACCAGAAAUCCUAUCUACGCUCCUUUCAAAUUGAUCCAGUAAAUACUGAUUCAAUUCAAAAUCUUUUGAAUCUAAAAUCUAAUCUCAUAUCCACCUAUAUUUUCGACAUCUCUUCUUAAUAAAUCCUUAGCAUGCAGUUGAUCCUUCCUAACCCGAUUUUUAUGAAAGAAAUCCUUCUUCAAUGCAACAUGGCUGUACUGCAACAGUAUAACUACGACGAUGGAAACUACCUGUUGCUGACUGAUUCCGUAGAUCAUCAUGGUAGAAAUUAUUGUUAUUCAAAUCAAUAAUUAUCAUGGUGGACAUGUGUUAUUUAAAUCGCUAUCUCCA